AUGGAAUCACGCAGUGCGCCGCCGAGCCCCGACGAAUCUGGGGAGGCGGUGUUCAACUCACGUUGUGGACGAUAUCAACAUCAACCUUCACUUCAGAGAGCAUUUGCGAGUUGCCGCGAAACAGGUCGACCUCGACCUCAUCAUCGUCAUGCCGCCUCAGAGCCAGCGCGACCCGACGAUCGGGUCCUCACGACAGCCGAGGUUCACGAUUAUCCUUCAUCCGAAUCCGGCAUCGCUGCCGAUUGUCCCCAUCCGCACUCGAGCAAUGCCGACGACAGCCCGUGCUACGACCGGUCUGACUAUGAGGGAAAUUCCAGUUACAGUCUCAGACACAAUUUCCACCACACAAUCGAUUGUAGCAAACACCGAUCCGAAUUAAAUCGUAGCCAUACGCCAGAUUAUAAUCAAGAUGAUUCCGAUUGUGAUCGGGGACAUCCUCGUUCACAAACGUCACGACGCCCCCAUAGAAAACAUAGACGAGAAGAUGGAGAUGGCGCGCAAUCACUUGAUGAACGCUGUGCUCGUGAUCUUGAUGAAAUAUUACCUGCACGUCUCGCAGCAGUAAAUUUAUCGAGGAAUUCACCACCACAGUCUUGGAAUCGAAGUAAUAUCGCCGCUACAAUGGAGCGAUUUGAACCUGUCGAUUACUCAUAUGCGUAUUACGAUCAUAAUUUAUCUAUGCCAUCAUCGUCAAGAAAAGCUAAUCGACAGCGAGGUAGAGGUAUCCUCACUACCCGUGAUCGAUCAGCUCGACACAAUUUCGUAACGAGAUAUGGCACUGAAGAAAAUAUUUAUGAAGAAAUAACGGACGGCUCGAGAACUUGUCCCAAACACCGAUAUGGUCCACGACAAUCUUUGGUUUCACUUGAUAGAAGCGUUGUUGAAGAAGAAGUGCGCAGGGUAGAAUCAAGACAUAAAAGAAUUUUGGGAGAACUGAAUCUUAGUGUAGAAGCUAUGCUAAUGCCUGAAUGUGAAUCACCUGAUUCAGAGAGGGCAGAAGAUAGAGACAAUAUCGAAGAAUUGUUAAGGGUUGGUCCAACUGAUGAGUUAUUAUCACCUGCUAGCUGCAAUCCUCCAGAUCUGGACAGUGGGUUUAGUGGUAGUAGUAGUGGAGCAAGUUAUGUGGGCAGCUUACGAAGAAAACCCACAGGAUCAGUACCUCAUUUACCAGCAGUAGCAUAUGGAACACGUGGAGCAGGAGUUCGUAUAUUAGGUGCUGAUGAUUGUAAUUUACGCUGUCCUAAAGAUGGGACAUCCCCGAGAAGCUCUAGCUGUGGUGACGCGAAAGCUGGUGGAUUUUGGAAUAAAAAAACUUGGAAAAAAAUUUCCGGAUUUUCUAGUUCCAAUAGUAUUAAUAAAGCUGGAUUAACAAGUCUACUCGUUAGGUACACUUUCCGGCGUAAGUCCGGCUCGCAGGGCUCUCAGGCCAAGCGGCGUACGGAGCCCGUCAAAUGCGAUGCGUGCCUCUCACAACGAUGU